AUGGCGGCAGCUGAUCUGAAAAUGAACGAUCUUGACUCUGUUUUGGAUUUAGUUCAUCAACAAGCUGGUAAAUUUUUUACGGCCAUGUAAGUUUAACUUUCUCUUUUGUAAGAAAAAAAAUCGUGGUUUCUUUGUCACCUUUGACCAACAUCACGGUGGACAAUGAUGAAACAGCCUGAUGAAAUUAAUUUGAAAACAUAAACUUACGUUUAUGCACGCUUUAAAAGCGAUGUACGCGUUGUGGUUCAAUUUUAUCCUUGGUUUAAAGUUUAUUUCUUUUUGUUUAAGGGUAUGGUAAUGUAUGGUAGUGAGUUUAAAACAAAGGGAAAUUAAAUUUAAACCAAAGAUAAAAUUGAACCACAACGUACACACCCUACGAGAGAAGCAAAGACUUACGACAAAUAUAAUGAUUUUAAUAUUUUUUGUAGGCAAAUGGGAUCUGGUAUGUCGUACUCAAUUGAGGAUGCCAAAAGUAGGUACCAAUGUAAACGAUUAACUUUUAGUAGGAUGUGUAGAUCUAGAAAAUUGCCAUACUCCCCCGGCCAUUGGGAGUUUAUAUUGGUUUGUUCCUUUCCCCACCCCUUCUGGAAAUUCCAGUUUAGCUGUUCACUUUCCACUACAAAUUUUAGCUUUCAAUACCACCCCCCCCCCACCACCCCAGAGAUUUCGAGUGUUCCUCCAUGGGGUGGGUACUCCUGUUUUGGUUUUAGGGAGCAACAAUCUUGGUUUCAACAUUUUGAAAUCUACUUAGGGCUCAGGGGCGACAAAAUUUUUCUUGUUCCUCCCCUGAGGCCCUCUGAGGGAGGGGUUUGUAUGUCCCUAGUCUGAACUUCAAAUACAGAGGAAGCUCUCGUGAGUGGACACCCGGGAAGCGAAAAAGUUUUCCGUAACUGGGGCUGGCUGCUUACGGAAUGUCAAAAUACAGAGUUUGUAUGGGAGUUGAGAAAACGGCAUUUUGUGAGGGUGGCCGUGUAAGCAGAGCUUUCCGCUUAUGAGAGUGUCCUUUAGGAGCUAGAGCUUCCACUGUACAGUCAUUUGACAGUUUGAGGAGUAGGAUGUUUCUCUGGUGGUGCUACAUGUAACUCAUUCAUUUCAUGUAGUCGUGUGCCGCUGUUUCAAGGCCUUGUCACUUGUCAAAAUUUUACCCUCACAGGGCCUCUCCUCCCACCACUUACAAUGACCACCCCUUUAGUACAUAUGAAACCAAGAUGACUGCACCUGGCAGUAAGUACUCAUAUGGAAAAAUAGGAGGCUAUGAACAGUCAAGACAAGCCCUUGGUGCAGGUCUCAACAUUGUCUGGCUUUAAGAGACUUUCACUAUUAUAUUACUCUGCAACAGUACAGAAAAACUCCGUAGUUCGGCCCUGUUGUUUGAGAGGGGCUAAGGCAGCCACCGAUUAAUUUAGUUCAUUUCCUUUUACAUGAACUAGCUGACUUGGAUGGCUUGUCCAAACUGACAGACACGCUUCACGAAAAGCUCCUGUCCUCCGGUGUAAAUGCCAUUCCAUUAGAUUCGGAAAUGUUACAACUGGAUUAUCAAGCAACAGUUAGAAAAGGACAAGAGGAAGCAGAACUUAGUCGCAACACCAUGCAAAGAGUUCAAACAAACUGUGUUACACUUCGCAAAGCAAUGAGUGUACCACGGAAAUAGUGAUAAUAAGAAAUGGAAUUUAUGUAAAAGCCAUGUUGUUUCAAGGAGGUAUGGUUAGUGAAAUCACCAUCUAUUCAAACGGUGGGUAAUGCCAUCCAUUUCAUAAAUACAAGUCAUUGGUGUCCCUAAUACUUAUCCACUGGAAAGUGAUAUAUUUGGUAGAUAGCGCUAUCCAUCCUUUGAACACUGAACCAGCGCCUGAAAAGGACACUGAAACAGUAACAAGUUUUAACAAUACGAUGGACAUUCAACGUCAUCAAAAGGUUUAAGGAUAAAAAACUGCUUACAAAACUGACAAAAUUGCAAGGUGAAGUAGGAUUUGAAAGGAUAGUCAGACGUUUGCACAUUCUUAAUCUCAGUCCUCUUCUCUAAUAAGCAUGAAAAUGGAUGAGAAGAGCGUUGGGUCAUGUGUAGCUGUAAGAUCUGAAGGCUCUGGUGAUGAGAUUGAUGUUUGCAAUAAUAUUCUGCCAUGGCAUGUGAGUGGACAAUUACAGUCAAAGCAGACUUACAGUGUGCACUUUAUGACACAUUCGAAAGUAAACUAAAAUGUAUGGGAACCUCUCUUUAACAAUUUCAAUAACAUGGAAACUCAAAAGUCAAAGAAUGGAACCAGUUAUGGUUUUUGCUUCUGUCAAUCUUAAUUACAACAAAACAAAACAAGCAAAAUGAAUUCAAAAUCUAGAUAUCACAACUGACAGACAUGACCUUUAAAAGCUGCUGAAGAAAAGCUGUGUUUCCUGAGUAGUUUGUCAGGGUGAUUGACAGAAGCAAAAAAACGUGAAACAUUGGUUAAAGUUUUGACGUUAGGUUCGCAUGUUACUGAAAAGCACAGUAAGGCUUACAAGAUCACCUCUCUAGGAAAAGGAAAAAUUCACGCUUUGCAGGGUUACUGUCUGACCUUAUUGUAAGACAAUAAAUAUUGUCAUGCUCAAAUACAAAUUAUCAGAAUGGUGUAUGGCACAUCAAUCAAUUUACACCUCCACUUUUCCACCUCUGUUUUGGUGUCUUUAAUUUUAACGUUAUGAUUGUAACAAUACAGUUCUAUAGAGCGAAUUAAUAUGAUGUAAAUCUCUUGGUCAAAAAAGAAAAUCAUCUAUCUGUUAAUGACAAUCUGGGAUAAC